CGACCGGGCGCCGUCAUCAGUCUCAGUCCGACGCUCGCCGUGUUCACGUCGCUCCGUGCUAGCUCUCGCCAUGGCCGAUACUGAAGCCCCCGCUGCCGCGCCUGCCGCCCCGGCUACUCCUGCCAAGAAGGGACGCAAGCCCAAGGAUGGUGCCGCCAAGAAGGCCAAGUCUGACCGCCCGCCUACCAUGCAGCUCAUCGAGAAAGCCAUCGAGAGUGAGAAGGACCCCAAGGGCACCUCUGUUCUGGCCAUCAAGAAGUAUAUCACCGCCAACUACCAGGUGAAGUCUGCCCAGUUCCUGAACCACAUGCUGCGCAGGGCGUUCGAGGCUGGUCUGGCUGCAGGAAAGCUGUCGCGCCCCAAGGGCCAGGGUGAGUCCCACCUGCUCGCCGGACGCUACCGUCUCGCCGUGAAGGAAAAGAAGGCCAAGGCAGCCCCGGCCAAGCCCAAGAAGGUCGUCAAGAAGCCCAAGGCGGCCAAGUCCCCCGCUAAGAAAGCAGCAGCGAAGCCGAAGAAGGCCAAGACGCCCAAGAAGAAGCCUGCCGCCGCUGCAAAGAAGGCCAAGUCGCCCAAGAAGGUGAAGAAGACGCCCAAGAAGCCGGCUGCUAAGAAGACCGCAGCAAAGAAGACUCCCAAGAAGGCGGCAAAGAAGGCAUAAAUGGCCUUCUAAAACGUGACAGUGUACAAAUUCAGUGUAUGUAGAUCAUCGUCAUUAAUCGAGAAUAUGCAUCUUGUGAUGCUUUAUUGGAGCCGAGCCAGUCGCUCGAAGGUGGAUCUCGCCAUAUGUUGAUGCUCGAUAAUCGAGUAAUUAUCGCCGCCAGUAAUGGCACAAUGUACUGUAUCAUCCAUCGCAUUUGAUCAUCAAUACAUCAUCUCAUCG